AUGAAUUGGGAGGAAUAUGGCAUAAAAAUAAAUGGAGGGUACCUAAAUCAUCUACGCUUCGCUGACGACUUGAUACUUUUCUCUGAAAAUGGUAAAAACUUAGAGGUUAUGCUUCAGCAGUUAGCAGAAGAAAGCAUGAGAGUUGGACUCUCUAUGAACACCGAAAAAACGAAAAUAAUGACCAAUUCUGACAAAAUUAUAAUAACAGUAAAUAAUGAACCCAUAGAAUAUGUAGAAGAGUAUAUUUAUCUCGGACAAGUGAUAGCUACUAAGGAGUCAACAGAAAAAGAAAUCAACAGAAGGGUUACAAACACUUGGAAGAAGUAUUGGUCAUUAAAAGAAGUGAUGAAGAAUGGAAAUCUCUAUAAAAGACAAGAGAAAAGUAUUCAACUCUUGCAUACUGCCUUGACUUACCUAUGGUUGUCAGACCUGGGCCCUUACCCAAAAACAACUAAGUAA